AUGAGUGCCGCAAAGUUAAGAAUGAGUUUGAUCUUCCUUUUGGCCAUGUCUAUGGUGGUCUUCAUGGCAUCAGCAGCUCCGAAAAUCGGUUUCUAUCAAUGGAGUUGUCCUUCUGCAGAGGCAGUUGUGAGAAAAGCUGUGAACAAAGCUGUGGCAAAGAAUCCAGGCAUAGCUGCUGGCCUCAUCAGAAUGCAUUUCCAUGAUUGCUUUGUUAGGGGUUGUGAUGCCUCUAUCCUACUUGAUUCGACUCCUGGACAACCAUCCGAAAAAGAACAUCCAGCAAACAAUCCGAGCUUGAGAGGCUUUGAAGUGAUCGAUGAGGCCAAGGCCGAGAUUGAAGCUAAAUGCCCCAAAACCGUGUCAUGUGCUGACAUCCUUGCAUUUGCUGCUCGUGACAGUGCACUCAAAGUUGGUGGGAUAAAUUAUGACGUGCCUUCGGGGCGGCGAGACGGAAGAGUUUCCCUCCAAGAUGAGCCUACGCAGCACCUCCCCCCACCUUCCUUCAACGCCAAGCAACUUGAGGAUAGUUUCGCCCAAAAAGGCCUUAGCUUGGAUGAAAUGGUCACAUUAUCUGGGGCACAUUCUAUUGGCGUGUCACAUUGUUCUUCCUUCUCUGAUCGCUUGUAUUUCUUCAAUGCCACUCAUCCACAAGACCCUUCAAUGGAUCCCAUUUUUGCCAGGAACUUGAAAAAGAAGUGCCCUAGAUCAUCAAACAAUGAUCGAGUUACGGUGCCACUUGAUGUUCUUACACCAAAUAGGCUUGAUAACAAGUACUAUACUGAUUUGAAGAACCAUCAUGGCCUGCUUACAUCAGAUCAAACUCUUCUUACCAGCCGUUCGACAGCCGGGAUUGUGAGGAACAAUGCCAGAUUUGGUACAGCUUGGGCUAAUAAGUUUGCAGCAGCCAUGGUGAAAAUGGGCUCCAUUGAUGUCCUCACAGGAAGGCAAGGGGAGAUCAGGAACAACUGCAAGGUUGUGAACUAG